AUGCCGCGUCUUGUACGAAAGAAGCCGCUCUCCGAACGCCUGAAGGCGUUGCUCAACCCCAUGGACUUCUUGCUCUGGCUGUCGGAAGAACUUGAAACGAGGGACUGGAAUUCGAAGGCUCUCGGCACCCAACUCGGGCUCGGCUUCAACUUCGCAUUUCUUCUUGCCAGGGCUAACUGCGCGGCAACCGAGGUCGAGGAUGAUGUGUUCAGCGAUGGAAGCUCAGGCAACAUCAUCACGUUCGUCGUGCGACCACUUGUUUGGAUUCUGGGCAUCCUCUCAUUUGUCAACGCCUUUUACGCCAUGACGCGGACGAGACAGUACCGGCUGUUCCAGGUCAACGUCGAAGACAAACCGCACACUCCCUCUGCCCAAAGAGUCAAGGCCAAAUCCGACCCGGCUGCUUCGUCCCCCCUCCGAUUGCUGAAUAAUCUGCUGGUCUCCGAGACCGCCGAAGCGCGGGCUCAUCCUGACAGGACACACGAUGUGUGGGAGCUGAGCGUUUGGGAUCCGCUUCCGGUUUCUCUGCAGCUCAUUUGCCUGUUCAGCCCUGGCCACAUUCUCGUCUACAUGAUGUUCCUCCCGCUGGUGCCUAUGGACCCCCGGCCGAGUGUUACGAUAUUCAACUGUGUCAUUCUGCAGCUGAUUCUCACCGUUCAGCUCACCUUCGUCCAGAACCGGUACGCCCAACAAAUCAAGGAUACGGCCAUCAUCCACAAGGAGGUGCUCCAUGAAUAUGAUACGAAGUUCGUACGCCCGCGUCUUCACCCAGUUGUUCGCGAUGUCGGCACCCAGUGCUCCCCAGAAGAAGCAAAGGAUGAAGAGUCCUUUGUUGAGCUAGGGACCCCCACCACCGUCAUCAAGAGGGAGUUCGUCGUUACGCCCAACCCCCAUGUGAAGCAGGAGGAGCCUGUCCAUACUCCUCCUAUUAGCAGCUUUGCUUCUCGUCUUUUUACGCCAACCACAAACCGGCGUUCUGAAUCUUUCACCCCCGUACCCAGCACCCGAUCGAUCCGCCAGAACCUUCCUCCUGCCCCUGCGUAUCAAUCUAGUUCGACUUCCACGAGCAAUGCCACGGCGAACACGGGAUCAACAAACUUUGGCGGCAGCCUCGGCGUGUUCAGUCACGCAAACUCGCCACUCAAGAAGACGGCAAGCCUUAACGAGAUGAACCAAGGCUUCAUGUCUCCCCGAAACUCAAGGGAGAUGGCUGCUCUCGAACAGCGCCGUGGCGGCAGCCCGCUCAAGCAAUCGGAGACUAGGAGGCCCACUGGUUCGGAGGCACUGGAUAUCACGAGCGCUCCCAACUAUAACCCCUUUGCCAGCGCGAAGAGGAACAAAGUUUUACAGCAGCAGGAGCGAUAUCCUUCAAGAUGGUCGGGGUUCCACUGA